GGGGGGGAGGGGGUGUCAGGCCUAGUUCCCAGGCAGUGAAGUCCCCUCAGGACUAAAAGUGGCAGAGAUGCAGGAAAAGCAAAAAGCAAUGGAAAGCAGAGUCAGAAAGUUAAAAACAGUUAAUUCAUGGGGAACCAGACAGGUGAGCUAAGCAUACACUUGGAUCAGUCCCAAGGUCAAUGGUAGCGGGUCCUCCCUUCCGCAUAAUUUUCAGUCAUUGGGCUGUAGGACCUUCGCGUUUAAGCUUCGGUUACUCGGAGUUAGCCGAAAGGAGUUUACCUCCUGGUAUAUAGGUCACCUCUGCAGCGGUAAUGUCUUCUUGGAAGGGGCCAGGAUUACGGCAGGGUUAACCUAGAUCUGGCAUGGUAGGGUCCGCAAGGGGAAAGCCUUGCAGAGGGGCUUUACGCUAUUUAAAGUUGUUUUCGCCGUGGUUCAGGGGACUAUUCGUGAUAGUGCGUGUUGACUGCUUACUUUGGGCCCCUGCACGCCCUAUUCCGAAACCACUUCUUCCUGCCUUCUUCCUGCUCCGGCGGCGGAGCCCGGCCAGCGGCCGGGAAUCUGUAACCCGCAGAGACCACGCGCGGCGGAAGCCCAGGAAUUCACAGUUUCCCGCGCAGAAGGACGUUUCCGGCCGCGCGAGUCCUUCCGGGGCGGAGGUCACCAUGGCGGCGGCCUUGGCUCGGCUCGGGCUCCGUGCGGUGAAGGAGGUCCGUGUUCAGUUCUGCCCCUUCGAACAGAACGUGGAGUCGACGAGGACCUUCCUCCAGGCGGUGAGCAGCGAGAAGGUGCGCUCCACCAAUCUCAACUGCUCGGUGGUUGUGGACGUGAGGCACGAUGGCUCCGAGCCCUGCGUGGACGUGCUGUUCGGAGACGGGCAUCGCCUGAUCAUGCGCGGCGCCCACCUCACCGCGCAGGAGAUGCUCACUGCCUUCGCCUCCCACAUCCAGGCCAGGGGUGCGGCGGGGGUCGGCGGGGACAAGCCAGGCGCUGAGAGUGGGCGCUGACCGCGCAGGAGCGACCAAGCUGAUUUUAGCCUGGCACUAGGACACUGCUCCAAGAAGAGCUUGACUUAACUAUUCAAAUCACUAUCUGGAGCGUCAGGAAAAAAAAAAAAAAAAAACCAGACCCCCAUGACUGCGGUGUUUCUGGAGCAAGACCAAAGCGGGAAAGGGUCUGAUGGAACUUCUGCGUAUUUCAUUUUCUUCAUCCAGUGCUUAAUCCUUUUGAAUUUGGCUUCUCCCUUCACGCACUCAAGGGACCUCUUACUGUUAGUCAACAAACCCGGUGCUGUUUGUUCGUCCUUGUAUUUCUAGGUCAGUUGCAUCUGAGCUGUCUCUCCUCUUGAGAUUUUUUGUUUUAUAACCAUAAAGGUGUUUUAGCCUCA